CAUCAGGUAGUUAGAUCAAUUCUCAUGUAAAGUCCAGAGAAACAAGAAUGAGUCCUGCAGUAAAAUCAAGAUGGCGAUGAGUAAAGGAAAUUUCAGACCAAAGAAAAUGGACUUCACAGAAAGUGAUGACAGUGAUAUUGAUUCCACAGUGACCCCUAUCAAUCCACCAGAUGACAAUCCACAUGGACAGAUCAUUGAGUCAGACAGUUUGUCAGAUUUCUACCUGAAUGAAGCAAAACAACGAAAAAAUCCAAAACAUCAGAGGAAAAAGAGAAACCAUUACCACUCUGAUCACUCUGCUGAUGAAGAUGAGUUCAAUAAAUCUAAAGAAGAAAACAUCAAAGAUAUAUAUAAAGAACUGCAAGUUAUCAGUGAUAAGUUAAAGAUGGAAAACAAGAAGAUACAUGAAAGAGAAGAAAAAGUGAAAGAAAGAGAAAGAAUUGUGGCCAUAUCAUCAGCCAAUGUUAAAACCAUCACUGAACAUGAAGUCAGGGAGAAACUGAAAGUGAUGGAACAGAAAUACAAAGAAGAGAUAGUAAAAAUAGAAAUACAAUUAAAGGAGAAAAUUAAAGAAAAUAGAAGAUUGAAGGACAACUUUGAAACAUUAGUUAAGGCAAAUGAUGCCAUGAAAAAAGAUUUUGAAACAUUACAAAGUCAGCAUGACAAGUUGGAGAAACAAGCUGUGAGUGUUCAGGCCAGACUUACUAACCUACAGAGAAAACAAGACUUUGCAGAAAGACAGAAGGAAGUAGAGCUGGGUAAUAUAGCCUUAUCUACUGCUGUGCCUAAACAGAAGGGACAACAAAGGGAGGACAAAAUCAAAGUACAGAAGGAGAAAAAGUUUUCAACCAGUGCCUGUAGUUAUGACAUCAUGGGUAUAUUGCUGGACUGGAUCUGUGAUGCACAUCUACGAUACGCUGUAACAGACCAACCCACCAGAGCUAUAGAAAGGUUUUCUUCAACAGAGUUCAUACUGGAAAGAGUUUUAAAGAUUUUACCUACUUCAGUAGAUAUGUUGAGAGAAUUCCCUCCAAAUAACUUCAGGAUUAGCCUCCCUUGUUUACAAUUUAUAUACUGGUCCCUUGUCAAUGUAGAGCAAGCUUCAGGCCAACAGAAAUCUAACCUGUCAUCGACACUAAGACGAUUAGGAGAGGAAUUAUACAGAUCUAAAACAGUCAAAUUUAUGGAUGUUAGUAGUGACAAGAGUGAUUUCCCUUUGUCACCAACAAAGCUAGACAAAUCAAAAGAUGGCAUUUACUUUAGAAGUUCUAACCAACAUGUCAGGCUCGUGUCCUCUCUAAUUAUACUUAAAACUCUAUCACAAGUUGAUCUGGUAGCCCAUGUAUUUGAUGUCUUGAAGAAUGAUCUGAAGUCAGAUGUGUGUAAAGAACUGUUCCUGUAUUAUCAAGCUACGCCGGUUGUAUUACAGUAUCUAAAACCUAUUAAUAAGGCAUUUAUGGGCGCUGCUAUGGAUAUCUUCCUACAGUUGUCAGCUGACACACCUUUCCAGACUCCAUUCCUAGAGAGCUGUGGUAAUGAGCAGUGGUUUAGAACUGUUGCUAUGGUACUGAGAGCACCUACACAAGACAAUAAAUUAUUGGAAAAACUCAGUAUAAUUCUUCAGAAAUUAUCCAAAUACAAAACCAACAAAAGAUUUUUUGAUGUGUACACAAUAGUUGGUAUAAUUCAGGAGAUAUUACGUGGAUGUUCUACUGACCAAGCAUUCCUAGCAUUGAAUCUGAAGUCUAUACUGUUUAAUCUAUCUUCUACUGGAGGAGUACAAUCAUAGCAUUAGUUCUAAUAAUAGAAAUACUAUAAAUAGUCACACUGUUACAACAUUUUAUUAACUGAAUGAUCAAUCACAUUUUCUUGCCUUGAGGACAAGGCCUGCAUUUCCAAAAAAAAAGAUUGUACAAUCAAUGACAAGAUGUAAACCUUAACAAAAAUACAGAUUAUUGUUUUUAAAUGACCAGGGUUUCUGCUGGCGGUCACCAUUUUCGCAUUUUGCCCAAGGGGAAUAUGUAAAUUACCAUUGUGAAACACAACCUUAUCUAUAUAGAAACUAUUUCCCAAAAAGAAGUUUUCAAGUAAAUCUUAAUUUAGUUUUAUAGUUCAUUGAGAAAUUUAAAUAUUUUGAUUCCAUUGCUGAAUGCAGAAGUAUACCAUUAUCAACCAGCAAAUGUUGAAGGCAUUUGAUUUUAGAUCUUAGCUUAAAUUUGAUUUGAAAUAUUAUUCUAUAUGAAUUUAAUACAUUCUUUAAGAACAUCUUAGAAAUUACAAUUGUUUGAACAUUUUGCGUUAAUAUUCAUCAUAGUGAAAUUUCAUAGAUAGAUUUUAUACUUUAUUUAUUUGAAUAAAUUAAAUUACUGAUA